GUGAGAAGCACACACUGUUCGUCCCAAACCUUCUCUCGUCUACCAUCUCUGCUAUUCCUUAUCCUCCACUUCAAGAACAGCGUGACCAUGGCAGUGUGGCUCCAGGCUGGUGCUCUGUUGUUCCUGUUGGCCGUCUCCAGUGUGAAUGCUAAUGCAGGGGCCACGCAGCACCUGUGUGGAUCCCAUCUGGUCGAUGCCCUCUACCUGGUCUGUGGUCCUACAGGCUUCUUCUAUAACCCCAAAAGAGAUGUUGUUGACCCUCUUCUGGGUUUCCUUCCUCCAAAGUCUGCCCAGGAAACUGAGGUGACCGACUUUGCAUUUAAAGAUCAUGCCGAGCCGAUAAGGAAGAGAGGCAUUGUGGAGCAGUGCUGCCACAAACCCUGCAGUAUAUUUGAACUGCAGAAUUACUGUAACUAAAGAUCCUGCGCAUGUCCCGUGCCAACUGCCAGUGACUUGAG